UAUUAUUUCUCGCUAAUUCACUCCAGAUUCUUCUCUUACAAACAAAAAGAAAUAUUAAAGAAUAAAAUGGAAACCCCUGAUUCUCCUCCUCUAUCGUCGCAUCCUACAUAAACCCACACCAUGAUCACCGCCCCCGCAUAAUAUCUCCCUUGACAUCCUUCUAACUUCAAUUUUCUGUAACUCUCUCGUCCAUGGCGCUUCGAACUAUCCUCACCAAGCGUAUGGUUGAAAGUUACAGAGUCGGAUCAUCAGCCGCCACUCUGCAACGAUCUCCCUCCUUCAAAACCAUGCUCCCGCCAAAUGUCGCCAACGCUAACCACCACAGGGAGUACCUCACCUCACCAGAUUUCCCUGACACUGGAUUUCUCCGACCAUUCCUUCACCGCAGAGCUGCCAAUCAGCCGUCAUCGCUGAAGAAACCGCCGGAAUUCCUGUCACUGCCGGUGGGCGACGCACUGAGAGAGAAACUGAGAGGAAUUAACUUUGACGGCGACCGGGUCCGGGCUACAGGCUUGGAUCGGAAUUUACUUAGGGAGUUGUCGGUGGAGGAGACGAGGAAGUUGUUGAGGAUCUCUCAGGUAGAGAAGGUUAAGGCCAGGGUAAGAGAGAUUCCCAACACCUCUGUUUCUUACCAUGAGUUUAUCAACAUCUGCGUUGAAGCAUGCAACAAUGAGGACCAAGCCGUAGAGUUGGCUAAAUUGUUGGACCAGUCCGGAAACGUCAUCGUUUUGGGGAACAUCGUCUUCCUCAGACCAGAAGAGGUGGCUAAGUCAAUGGAGAGCAUAAUAUCGGCAUGGGUGGGUACAGAAAAUGAUCCAAGAAGAGAAGAACUGAAGCAGAUGGAGAAGCAAAAGUCGACGAUUGAUCAAAAAGCGAGGUCUCUGGUUCGAGGAGAGCUUUACUGCGGACUUGGGUUCCUACUCAUUCAAACCCUUGGUUUCAUGAGGUUAACAUUCUGGGAACUGAGCUGGGAUGUAAUGGAACCUAUCUGCUUCUUCGUCACCUCCCUUCACUUUGCCAUCGGCUACGGCUUCUUUCUCAAAACAUCCACAGAACCCUCCUUCGAAGGCUACUUCCAGCGUCGUUUCAGAGCCAAGCAGACCAAGCUCUUCGCCACCCACAACUUCGAUCUCCAAAAAUACAACCACCUGCGCAAACUAUUUUACCCUCACAGCCUUUCGGUGGGUCAUGAAGAAGAACACCAAGGGGGUUUUCUCAGCUCGCCGCCGUAACGCAGUAUCGUAGUAGUAAUAAUGUUAUAGGUAGGUUUUGUUCGAGUCUACUGAACCCGGUGACCCUGUUAAACUGUGUUAACAAACUUCCAUGAACAUAUGACGAUGAUGACAAAGUUUUUUUCUUUUCUUGUAUGUUUAGUCAGCGUUAAAUAAACAAAGUAUUUGAGAGACGCAAGUAUGGGUCUGUAAAUAGUUUAACUUGUGGCUAUUUGGAGGCCCAGUUUAGGGUUUCUAAUUGCCUUGCUUUCUGGUCAUGCCCUAAAUACAGGGAAAGGCUAGGAGCCCAUAUUUUAUGGUGUUGUACGUACAAUUUUUAAU